GCCAGGAGAUGUUCUACAAAUAUGAUAUGCAAGUCAGGGUAACAGCUUAUUGAUGUUUUUAUAAUGAUUUACGAUUAUUUUAUAAUUUUCCUGGUGUGAACUUGGCUGAAUGAGGGGAAAUGGUGCUAGCUCAAUGCGCGCAGCAAUUGUCUGGUCGACUGUAAUGUUCACAGUGCUGUCUUCACCGACAUGAUGUGAGAACUGUCAUUGUCAAAAAAUCACGGAAUAUUUUAUUUCUAAAAAUUCCGUUUUUGUAAUUGAGAUAAGCCGUGCUGUUUGUUUUGUUUAUUGUUAUGCCGGCGCGGCACGUUUCGGCACAAUGGCCCUUUGUGAGUACAACAAUUUGAAAGAGUGGGCCCCCUUGACUGACUUGUUCAGCAAGUUGCCUACAAAAGUCCAGAACGGGUUGUUCACUCAAGACGUGAAGUUGACCUGUUUGGACGUUUUGCCCGAAUUUCUGGCGUUGGGGACGAACGUGGGUCUCGUCUAUUGGUACGAUAGGAAAAAGAAGGAUUUGCAACGACUUCGUUGUGAGAAACAAAACGUACAAAUAACUGUGGUUCGGAUCAUAUCAACUGUUGAUUUUAUGGUGGCUUGUGGGAGCACUGAUGGGUGUAUUAAUAUUUUUCAAAUUCCUAAAUCGCACCCUGACUCGAUUCCGGAUAAUUUGAAGCCGAAAAGUAAGCAAGUGGAGAGGUUUACGGUUUCUGACUUGCACAAAAGUCCAGUGACGGCGCUCGAGUGGUCCAAAAACGGAAUGAAACUCUUCUCAGGUGAUAAAAACGGAUGCAUUGUUUUAACAGAAAUUGACUUCUAUAUGCACAUUUGUAAAUCAGCGGAAAUUCUAAACGAAUCGUAUCAAGUAAUCCAACUCAGUUACAGCCAACAACGACUCCUAGUCUCAACAACUUACAGAAGUAUCAUUUGCCAAAGACUGGACAAGUGGAAAGUGUGUCAAGUGGGCAAGAAAGACAGGAAAAUUUUAGGCCCUUUCGGAGGACUAAUUCAUCAAAACGGCCCUAAAACUACCGAUGCGGUUUUAUAUUGCACGAGGCCGGGGCUUCGAAUAUGGGUGGCUGAUUGUGACGGUAAUGUCAAUAAAACUCUCUUAUUUAAGGAUCUGUUGAAAAAAGAAUGCUCAGAAGUGCCAAUAAUUAACCCGAUUUCGCGGAAUUUAAAAAUGCUCAAGCCGUUAAAGGAACCCUCAUUUGGUGUCCUGCUUCCGUUUAGUGAAAAUUUAAUUCUAACUUACAAUAAUGACGUGAUUUAUGUCCUAGAUCCGGAACAAAUGACAAUUAUUUCAACCAUGAGCCAUUUUCGCAGUGUUUUGGGUGUGGCGACCCACAAAGACGAGAUUUUCAUUCUGGAAGAGGACCGAAGUGUCGUCCGAAUCUCCUAUAAACCGGAACAAAUCCUCGAUUGUGAUCAAAACUCUGCUUCGCCUGUCGCUAGUAUGUUUCUUCCGAUCACAACAUCGCUUAAAGAUAUCACAACUAAGCUCCAAACCGGAAAUAUCCUCCCGGAUGUUAACAUCCACACUGACGAAUCUCUCAUAAUGAACGCCGAGGAAGCGAAGGAAUCGCCCAUAAAAACACGUGCGAAUCCCGAAAUUGAGAAAAAAUUCAAUGAUAUCGGACGACAACAAUUCGAGGAGAAAAUCCUGUACAGGCAAAGUAAUAAGCACCGAAAGCGCAUGUGUGCGAGUAUGAGUAGUUUGAGUUCGAAUAGUUCAGAGGAGAAGGAAGGGAUCAAACCGACUCUGAUGACUUUGAGUUCGGUCGGGGUUUUACCCGAUUUGAGGAGUCCAGAGUCUAUACAAAACGAUAUCGAAUACAAAGAGCGAAUUCUUGCCGAUAUGCUGAGUCUAGAUACGAUUAAGAUAUCAUUAGAUCAAUUACAAGAGAAUAAUGAGAGCUGUGAUGAUGAUUUAAUCAAUGAACCAACUUCAAGUAAUCCCGAACACAUUCCAGAAAUUAGUGAUGAAGUUGUAAAAGAUUCUAGCCCACCACAAAGUAGUAAAAAACAAAUAGUACACAACGAAGCACCUCCUGUAUGUUUAAACAUUCCGAAUGACUGGAAGUUGGCCGAUAUUCGUCUAAAUGUUAAAACCGAACCGGAAGUAAUUCCGAAAAAUGAUACGUCGCUGACUGAUAAUUCGUUAGCGGAUUGGGAAAUCGUCUAAAGUGAGUCAGUUAUCUUGUUAAUGAUUAUAUUUGAGUUGUCAUAAACAAAUCGUGGGCUUACUGUAAAAAGUGGCCAAACUGGCCUUAAAAAAAUGAUUUUUUACAUUUAUUGAUACCUUUUCAUGCUUAUUUUCAUUUAAAUACACAUUAGUAAUUAUUUCUUUAAAGAUCUUAAGAGGAAAUGGCAAAGACGCAUUUGCAUGUUUUGGAGUGAAAUCAGACUCUAUUCGGAAUUGAAUUUAGCGUAAGGGCUAGGUUGAAAACAAUGACCGUAAAUGGCGGGAAAUGUUUACUCGGAUAUUUAGAGCGUU